AUGGCCGAAGCACCGUCCCACAAGCCGACCAUCGUCCUAAUUCAUGGCCUUUGGAUGACACCCCUAUCCUGGGAAGACUGGAUCACUCACUACCGUAACAAGGGGUACAAAGUCCUCGCACCGGGCUGGCCAGGCAUCGACGAGCGCACGCCCACCGAGGUCCGUGCCGACCCCAGGCCCUUGGCUAACAAGACCAUUACCGACGUUGUCGAUCACUACGAGACCAUCAUACGUGACUUGCCUACUCCGCCAAUUAUUAUAGGCCACAGCUUCGGCGGCCUUUUUACCCAAAUACUCUUGUCCCGUGGCCUAGGCUGUGCUGGCGUCGGCAUUUCGCCUGCUCCACCCGCCGGUAUCCUCUCAUUACCCUUAUCCACCCUCCGUGCGACAUUCCCAGUCCUUAGAAACCCAUUGCAUUUCUCUAGCACGGUCCAGGUCUCCGUCAACCAGUUUCACUACUGCUUUGGUAACCACCUCAGUCAGGUGGAGAGCAAUGCGCUCUACGACCGAUAUGCCAUUCCUAGCGUGGCCCGUGUGCUUUGGCAAGGUGCAUUGGGCGGGCUUAGCAAAAGUGGGCCAGCACAUGUUGAAUUUGACAAGAGUACUAGAGCACCGCUCUUAUUAAUCUCUGGGACAAAUGAUCAUGUUGUUACACAGAGCACGGUGGAAAAGGAGUUUGCAAUGUACGACAAAGGUCCCGCUGUGGUUGAAUUGAAAGUGUUCGAGGGUAGAACACACGGAAUAAUUAACCAGGAAAGAUGGGAAGAAGUUGCCGAUUUUGCUCUUCAAUUUUGUGAAAGGCACCUUGGGAAGUAA